UUUCUUUCUGGAGCCAGGGAGUAAUUUAGAGUGAAAAUAAAUCAGGAUUUGUGGGGAAAAAAAUCAAUGCUUUUUUCACCUAACCCACCAAAGAAAGCUUCAGGGAAUACAAAGAUACUGAAAUAAUGCAUCUUAUUACUGAACCAGGUGGAAAAGUCCCUUCAGAUAUGCCUCUUCAAACCCAGUUGCACUCUUUUUCCUUGCUCCCACCUUUUCCUGUACUGCCACAUAUCCAUCCUGUAUAGAGAGUUACAGAAAUGUUCUUUUCAGCUCAUCACAACUGCCACUGCUAACAGAAGACAUUUGGGGCAGGUGUCCAUUCUCUCUGUUGCACCAUAUUGCUUUACACCCCCCCCUCCAACUUGUUCCAGGUGAGCUCAGUUAUCAGUGGCCAAAAUAACCUUCAGCUGUAGAUCACCUACCAAGUGGCAGCUGUUCAAAUGAGACCACACCUAUGCCCAGUUCUUAAUUUGUAGGCUAAAUCCAUCAAGAACUCAGAUUACAUUACCCAGAUAAAUGUAAAAAAUGUUUUCUAGGAAAUUUAUGAUGGGUUUCCUUAAUGUCAGGAUGCAGGAAGUAGUGCUGGCCUGAAGCCCCUCCUAGCUUUGGCUCCGCUUUGUAUAUAUGUUUUCACCACUACAAACAUUUUUUACUUCAUAUGGGCCUCAGCGAAUCUUUAGAUACUCAUCCCCUACAGCUGUAGACACAAUAAAAUAGAUAGUGCUGAGUAGAUUCUAUAAUGAAAAACUAAAUGUCUGAUUAGAAUUUGAUGAGGAAGUGUGAAAUAAAACACAUUAAAAAGCAUAAGAAGGUGGGACAAUAAAUCAAUCUCCCAUUAAAUUCAUUGGUUACUUUUUAUCUGACUCUGAAUGUUAAAAGCAUCAAUUACACACAUAAUAUACUCCUUUAGAGUCUGAUUCUGUGUUCAAAGCCAGCAUGCAGUACAGAAAAUGAAUUAGUCCAGCCAUCACUCAGCAAUGAGAAAGGCCCUGUAGGUCUCUCUAGGAUGGCUUUAAGAAGUGCUCCACCAAUGGAGGUCAGAGGGAAAUUGCAUUAUAUGCAGUUCAGUAGGAGGAAGUGAUCUUGAACCAGCCUAUUUCACUUCAGGCAAGCUCAGUUGGUGCAGAAGAUAUGAAGCUAAACUUGGGAAAAGCCAUAAAUAUGUUCAGGAUGGAAAGUAAACACAUGUUCCCAUGAGAUUUGUCUUAAUGGAUGUGACCAGAGGAUGUAAAUGGGGGUACAACAAAAUGCAUCCUUCACGGUGCUUCAGUAAACCAUGGAUACAAAAGGAGCAGAAGAAGCUACUUGUGUAUAUUUAGGACAAGUAGGUACACGUGUGAUUUCUCUUAGUCUUUUUUCACUAAACUGUCUUAGUCAUAUGCGUGUAUCUUGAAAAUGUGAUUUUAGAUAACAAGCACACAAAGAUGGCAUAUUUGUAGGGAGGGGCCAUUCUUGACCUGUGCUCUGUAGCCAUGUUUGCAGGUUCCAUAAGUCCGGUAUGCUUCACCUCUACCUCUGACAGUAAGAUGCAUCUGCACUGAACUCACAUGGUCUGAACAAUGGUAACUGAGGGCUCUGGUCUGUUGAUGAGCCAUCUCUCAGGACCUGGAGGGAGGGAAGCUUUCUGGUAUGAGACAAGCACAACACCUGGCUAGAAACGGCUCUGCGGGUCCCUAUCCCUAAACUGAUAGAAAUUUAGGCAAGGAAAAAGUGGAGCAAAAGUAACUGUCGCUUCUUUCAUCCUCCUUUGUAAUUCAGUGUAAGCACACCUUAAGAAACAGAGGUAGAAAAGUGCUCUGAAAAGAUAAAUGAUGCAUCUAACUUUAGCAAAGCCUCCUUCUAGUGUGUCUGAAGAUGCUGCAGUGGCUUGUUUAUGUUGGCGUAUGUUCUAAAUCAUUCUCACUUUGUUUUGAGAGCCAAACAUGUGGCCCACAUUAUUUUGGGUUGCAAACCACAGGCACCCAUAAAUGCUCAAAAGAACCUAAAUGGACAGAGAACAAUGAGUUCUUUAAUGGAUCUAGACACCCCUCCUCUUAAAUCCAAGACUUCAAAGUCAGUUUCAGCUGUCCUGGAUUGUCCCUUGCUUGUAAAGAGCCUGUAAGUAAAUUGUUAAUUCAGAAACCCCUAGGUAAGAUCAAUAAUGGAUGAAAUUUGGUUUUAAACCUUGUUCCAGUACUAGCUCAGCUCUAGAGCGCUGGUAAAUUAGGUGUUACUUUCUACCCAUGUUUAUCUUUUUUUUUGUGAUCUCUGUCAACUGAUGAGCAAAAUGAUAAUUAAAAAAUCCUCUUAUCAGUUAAUUUGUUCAUUUUGCACUAACUUUCUCUGUUCCCCUUUGUAUAAUAGCUGCAAUAUAAUGUUGUUUCAGUAGAGCAACGCUUUGCAAAUUUGGCUGAAGGAGACACUGAGCAAACAGCUUUUCAGAGAGCUGUCAGAAGGGGCAGUUUGGUUUCUGUGCAAGCAAUACUCACAUUCCAAACUGCAUUAGAGAAAAGCUGGUGGGUUUGUAUGCAUUUUUAUUAUCAGUUCCAGAUUAGGAAUCUGAUGCUAAUUUCUUCUUAAAGCCUGUGUUUGCAGUAGAAUUUAUAUUCUACAACAAAAAAGGAUUGUGACGUUUUUCUCUCACAAGCUGUUUUUUUUUUUUUCCUGGCUUUACUCCAAGGACCUUUUCUGCUUGUUUGUUACAUUCUCAAGAUGAAGCCCCCGGUGGUUACAGCAGUGCUGGUAGUACUGGUGCAGGUUUCUCACGGUUUCCCUGCCUUGUACCAUCGAGGCUGGUGGAGGCUCUUAAGGGAAGGAGAUGAUUGCGGAAAAUGUGAGUUGGCACUUUGCUCUGAGCCUAAAGACUGUCCAGCCGGGACUGUACUGGACCGUUGUGGCUGCUGUCCUGAAUGUGGAAACGUGGAAGGUCAGAUCUGUGACUUGGACCAGGGUAAUCAUUUUUAUGGGCAAUGCGGGGACAACCUCGAGUGCAGGUUGGAUGCUGAUGAAGCCAGGUUUGGUGAAGUCCCUGAACCCCAGUGUGUGUGCAAGUCUCAAGAGAGCAUCUGCGGACCCGAAGGGAAAACCUAUGAGAACAUCUGUCAAUUCAACAAGGCUUAUGCAACUAAGAGAAAUAUCAGCAUGAAACAUAAAGGACCCUGUGAAUCAGCUCCUGUGAUUUCUAUGCCACCCCAGGACGUCCAGAAUUUCACAGGCAAUGAUGUCAUUUUUGGCUGUGAGGUGUCAGCCUAUCCUAUGCCACACCUUGAAUGGAAAAAAAAGGGGAAUAAAAUGUUUCUGCCAGGAGAUGAUGCCCAUAUCUCAGUACAGGCAAGAGGUGGACCUCAGAAGUAUGGUGUGACAGGCUGGCUGCAGAUUCAAGGCCUCAAAAAAUCAGAUGAAGGCAUCUACAUCUGCCAUACCAAAAAUAAGUAUGGUGCAACAUAUGCCUCUGCAAGAUUGAAAGUCAUUGAUGGUUCACCUUCUGCAUUUGCAUUUACUGCUGGCAGUAGAAGUGCAAGCUAUGACACUGACUACGGGGACUACUAUGACCAUUCGGAUGAUGAGGAUGAAGAAGAAUAUGAAUCUGGGGACUAUGAAAUUGAAACGACUCUGAAUAAUAAUUUUUAUACAGAUAUUGUCCAAUACUUUUCACAAUGUUAUAUUUACUAGUAUUCUCUGUGCUGGCAAUGGCGCCUCUGAUAACACACACACUCACUCGUGUAUCCCACCUGCCUGGAGUUCAGCUUUGGCUGAAGUGUAUCAUGUUACUUACUAGAAAUAAGAACAGUUGUAAGUUCAUACAUUUAAACUGUUAAAUAAAAUUCUCAAAUGUGUACUUGUCUAUUGAGUAUCCUGAAAUGACCAAAAUUUAUAUUAUUUUUUAAAUGUCUAUCAUUCUACAAUUUCUUUAAAUCAUUCUAAUUUGUCUACCAAAAAUGUCAUUAGUUAAACAAAAUUUUCACUAUGUAUCAAUUUCUAUUUUUUUUAAUGUACUGAGAAAUAUCAAGAGGUUGUUCACACGGCAACAAGCCUAGGUCUGAAGGUUGAAAAGAGUCUUUAAUCUUCUUAGUUCUUAUUUUCUCAUAAGUUUCAGCAAGAUUUUUCUUCUCAUUUUAAGUUUUCCUUAUUUAGUCUCACCAUGGGUGAAUUACUUAUCUUUUGGGGGGCUAUUUUGUCUACUUUUAAUAGAAACUUGAAUCACAAUCUUAAGCAAGUGAAUGCUGUUUUACUUGCAAUACCCAGAAAAGAUUUCUUGUGCAUCCAAGCAGACAAGCACACCCUUUGACUUCUUUUUGUAACAGUUCUUGAGCUACUCCUACCAGCAUCAGCUCCCUCCCACAGGCCUAGGCAACAGUUUAAGAGUUGGGAUUGCUAUUUAUGUUCUGAAGAGGGGGGAAUGACUGCAGUUUAUGGAAGAUGGCUGUUCCAUAGCUCAGUGCAUACCUUUCAAACACACGGAGAGCCAGUAUUUGUCCUUUGUCUUGUUCCGCUUUGUCCUUGUCUGCUCUGAGACUUGCUCCAGUGUCUGUACUUUGUUCAACUGAAGUGCUACAGCAUUGCCACAGUUCUGGAAAUGCCAAGCAGGAGAACAGGCUUUUCUUUCUGCAAACCACCAGAACACACACACAUUUUUCAAAUUGUCCCAGUCACUUCUUGAUCAGCAUGCGCCAGAAGAGCGAAUCAAAUGCAAUUCAAAAACACAAGAAUGCAGAAUGUCAAGUGAUCACCCUGAAAAAUGUCUGUAAUUGCUUUUGUUAAUUAUAUACAUGAAGGCUGGCUCUGCACUAAUGGGUGAUGGAAGACACCCAACUAUGAAAACCACUUCUGGAGGGCCUUUACACCUGGUGGUUCCCAGUGGCCGAGGACAGAUGAAUAGCAGCAAGUUACUGAAGUCUCUCAUUAACAAGGAAGCAAAAGUUCAGGCACCUUAAUUUUAAGCCUCAGUAUUUGUAAUCUUUAUCCAAUGCACAAAAACAUGCAGUGAUUACUGUAUAUUUUUUAAAUGUAUAUACAGUGCCUCUCAAACUCCUCCAAUAAUUUUGUGUUGUUUUGUGCUUUUUUGCCAUUAGGCAUAUUUUUUCCUGCAAUUUGAAUAAGAGAUUGGCUAUAGACUGUGUUUGCCCUGAGGUGUUAUUGAUCUUUGUACAGGUAACAAACAAACAUGGAAUAGAUUCUUUUGUUUUAGAGUUCCUGGAAUAUUGUCAACUCAUGAAUACAAACCACACCACUACAUAACUGAAAAGAUUAAUAAGCUAUAAUUAGGAGUAUGAAAUGACUACAGAUUUAACCACUGAUUUGGCUGCUUUGGGCUCUUCCUGGUCUUAGUGUUAUGUAUAAUAAGGUUUUGUGUUUGUUCGCUAUCUAUUACUUUGAACAUAAAAUGGUCUGGUAGGAAUCGUAUUUUUAAGUGGGUGUUUUUUAACUAUUUAAUCUACAGUCAUACAUUCAAGAUCAAUUGCAACCUGUGUUGCAAAUGAAUGAACUGGAUUACUAAACCACUCACUAAAUUGUGGCAAUGUAUAUUGGCAUAGACUUGAACAUGGCACAGAAAAUAAUCUUGAAAUCAUUAGCCAUAGAAACAAAUUAGAGUUCUUCAGGGCUUUCUGCAAUUGCUAAUGUAAUGUGAAAAAAACAGAAAGAAAACAAUAGUUGAAUGAGAAAAUGUGUACCGAAACUGUAUCAAAUACUAGACUACAACUGUUUGGCCUGAUGAACUAUGUCUAUUUAAAAAAAAAAAAACAACAAACUAACAUUUAUAGAAAAAAAGGUUCUAAAUUAAACAUACUAGAUUUGUCUA